GCUUUCAGCCCCGCCUUUGAGAUGAUGGGACUGGGAAACGGGCGUCGGACCAUGAAGUCGCCGCCCCUCGUGCUGGCUGCCCUGGUGGCCUGUAUUAUUGUCUUGGGCUUCAACUACUGGAUUGCGAGUUCCCGGAGCGUGGAUCUCCAGACGCGAAUCAUGGAGCUGGAAGGCAGAGUCCGCAGGGCGGCUGCUGAAAGAGGUGCUGUGGAGCUGAAAAAGAAUGAGUUCCAGGGAGAGCUGGAGAAGCAGCGUGAGCAGCUCGACAAAAUCCAGUCCAGCCAUAACUUUCAGAUGGAGAGUGUCAACAAGUUACACCAGGAUGAAAAGGCAGUUUUAGUGAAUAAUAUCACUUCAAGCGAGAGGCUUAUCAGAACGCUGCAAGACCAGUUCCAGACCUUGCAGAAGAAUUACGGCAAGCUAUAUCAGGAUGUUCUCCAGUUUCAAAAGAACCAGACUAACCUGGAGAGGAAGUUCUCCUAUGACCUGAGCCAGUGCAUCAAUCAGAUGAAAGAGGUGAAGGAGCAGUGUGAGGAGCGGAUAGAAGAAGUCACCAAAAAGGGGAACGAAGCUGUAGCUUCCAGAGACUUGAGUGAGAAAAAAAACCAAGGCCAGCAGCUCCAGGCUCCCAGUGAACCUAAGUUGAAGUCACAGGAAGCAGCAUUGUCCCAGUCAGAGGAGCCACAAGCAAAAGCAAACAUACCCAGUAAUGGCGAGCCUCAGACACCAGUCCCCAGUUCUGAGACCGUUUUGGAUUUGAAAAGACAGGUUGAGAAAGAGGAAACCAGUGACAUUCAGGUCCUCAGUGAGGGAGAGCUUCGGAGGGACAGCCUGGGGCUGCCACCAGCGCCAGACCAAGAACAGGCUGUGGAAGAAGAUAGACAUGCAGGUGGAAAAGGCAUGGGAGAUGCUGGUGGCCUUGGCCUGACCCCACAGGUGCCAGCUGCCCUCGUGGUGAGCCAUGGAAAUCAGAAUGCGGAGGACCUUGAGCAAGACCAGCUUGUCAUCCGGGAUGGGCAGGAGGAGGAACAGGAUGCUGACAAACAAGAGAGAAACCAGAAACUGGGAGGAGACGAUGAGUACAACAUGGAUGAAAAUGAGGCAGAAUCUGAGACAGACAAGCAGGCAGCCCUUGCAGGGAAUGACAGAAAUGUAAAUGAUCUUAAUGUGGAAAAUCAGAAAAGAGACAUGAUAAACUUACUUGAUCAACGUGAAAAGAGGAAUCACACACUCUGAAUCAAACUGGAAUCACAUACUUCGUGUCAGGAUUCAACAGAUCACUACAAAAUAUUCACGAGGAGUUGAAUACUGUGAAAUGUACUAAGUAAAAAAUAUAUAUCUAAAGAUGAUUAUUGUGGAAUUUUAGUAUGUACUCUACGUAGGAAAAUGAGAUUGUCUUUUAGAUGGUUUUUUGGGGGUACUUUUGAAGCGUCUGUAUUAAAGAUGUUAAAAUUUGUUGGUUAAUAGGUAUUUCAUGAAAAGAUCAACAGCAAAAGUAGAACACAAGUUCUCCUUCAAGCAUAGCGACAGUGGCACUUAUUCUACAGUCUGACUUUGUUUAAAACAAAAGCCUGUAGGAAGAAUCCACCUUCUGACAUGAAGGAGACCCGCCGCACUUAAGAGAACUCCUUUUUCUCAGUUCCUUCUGGAGUCAUUCUCUUCUCCACAUGCUGUGGCGAGUGAUGGUAGCAACCAUUAUUUCUGUUCUCCCUCGUCAGCACUGAAGGAUUACUGCCCUCAUGCGCUCUCUUCCAGUUAUGACACUCAAAGGGCCUACAGCACCGACUGUUAGCACAAACACCACUAGUAAGUUUUAAGUGAGUCUAAAUACAAAGGUGUUUUGUGGGAGAAUUUUCAAGGAGACUACUUGUAUAAUAGCCCUUGUCAUUAAUGUUAAGUGACUUGUAAUUUGAACACUUGUGACCUAUACUUACGUUGCUAAUAUGUGUGGGAAAUGCAAAAUCUUCUGUAAUAAGCCCAUGUUUCCAAGAAAAGCCACAAGUGGAUUCGGCUUGAUACAAGGCCAGAGCAGAGGUGACCCCCCAGGUGCCUGCAGCAGAGCAGUGAGGGCAGCACAGCACUGUGGGGUAGGUCUCUUGUGGAGAAACUGCCUACUUCAUUAGAGGAAAAGAAGAGAAAAUUGAUGUUGAAGGAUGUUACAAGUUGGAAAAGUUCAGAAAGGCGUGAAAAAUGGCAACAGUGUUUUGUCACAGUGGUAUGUCGCUUGUGAUAAAUGACUAUCAAAACUGAUUUCACUUGUGGUAAAUGACUAUCAAAACUGAUUUAAAAAUGAAAAGUUAAAUUGGAAAAUGAUUAAUCAUAAUUUACAUUGGUAAGCGAUGUUAGGUUUGAUUUGAGUUGGUUGCUACUGUUUCAGGUAAGUAGGCUUGUCAUUUGCAAAUGACAGGCAGUCACACUAAUGACUUUCAGCGAGGCUCUCUAAAGGGUAAGUGGGUGGUGAUGCUUAUGAAAACAUAUUUUGAGUUAGAGAAUUUGAGAUGCAGGCUCCUCAGGUCAUCUGGUAGAACUCUCGUUUCAGAGAGAAAACGGGGGCCCAGAGAAGUUAAGGAGCUGAAGCCUGGCCUCACACCCACUGUGGAGUUGCUGUAUAUCCCUGGCAGUCACUGGAGGCAGGACCUGGUUUGCAUUCAGGUUAAGAUCACCAACUUGAUUGUUACUCAUGUAUGUUUAUCUUUUUACCUAAUCACUAAGAUUAAAUUUUUCACUCAGAAGAGAGCAUAAAAUUAAAGCAUAAGAUUUAUCUAAUUCCUUGUCCAACCUCUCUCAGUCUUAGGGUUGAUAUUUUCCCUUGCUUUCUCAGAUAAUAAAUAAAGCCUCGGUUCAUCUCAUGUUUAAUCAGUGUGCAGAGAGUUGCUGAGAAAUGAAAUACUCUCUGUUUAGCUUUUAAAACUGUGCCUUCAGUUUUCCCUUUAUCCCCCAUUUGCUCGCUAAAGAAACAGCUUUUAGAUCGUGGAGAUGGGAUAUCAAUAUAAUUUAAAACCAUGAUGAUUUCAUCUUCAUUUGCAGAGGCAUCAAAAGGCCAUUUGUUCAGGAGGUGUAUACUUUGAGCUAUUUCUCCAGGCAGUCAUGCUUUAUUACCACUGGCUCCUUUGGAAUCACAGGCACCUAUUCUGAGGCAACAAUUCAGAGGUAUCGUGGCUGUUUAAAAAAACAACCUGUGUAAUGAGCAUCAAGUAGAUAUCAAACCUCUGACCUUUAUCUUUUGGUGUCCAAAAUUAAAUCAGCAGUUAUUUCAGUUUUUAAGAGAUGUAAACUCUAAUUCACUUUCUCAAGUGUACAGAGGAGUGAUGAAUCAUUUGAUCUUUUCUCCUGAAGAUAAGACUAGGUGGAGGUUCCCUAAGCAAUGUUGGAUUAGAUUUCCUGAGUAACUAUGGCUCAUAAUGCAUGUGUGAUGAAACUUGAGAAAUAAACUAUUAUUUGUUUAGUAUGCUGUCAUUAAAUGACUAGAUUGAUAAUUAGCAUGAUUGUUUUAAUUGGUAAUAGCUGGUUAUCCAUUUAUGAUGGUGGAAGAGAAUUGUGAAUUUACGUCAAGGUCCAGGGGAUCAGUCUACUCACAUUGUUUUAGCCUAAAAGAUUCUUAAUUAUAAAUAAUUAUAGUUUGCGGGACACUGAACAACUUCUAACAGUUGCCUGAAAUGAAUUUUAGGAAAAAUAUAUUUAAAAUAGGUUCCAUUAACUGUGGAUUAAUUUUUUUCAUAUGGUUAGACUUUGAAAAUGUUCAUUAGUGUCAGAAAGAUGGCAAAAUAGUUUGUGUGUGUAAAUGUUUGUGUGCUAUCAGCUCAGGGCAACACUUUCUUAAAAUGUACUAAGCCACUGUCCCUUAAAAACUGUUUUGUAAAAUUGUGAUAAUGUAUACACUGAAUGGUUACUUAAAGUAUCUUCCCAUGUACUUAAAACUAAGAGGCUUUUAUCCUUGGUAGUGUGCAGCAUUGGGAAAAUCAAAUGACUUUAAAUAGUCUCAUCUUUAAACUAUACAUGUAAACUUAAGAUAAUGAGUUUUACAAACCAAGGCCCUAACUAGUUGAGACAAAUGUUUAUCUUUACUCCUUAGAAUAAAAUUAUACCUUGUCCUGAGUUGAGUGACAUAGACCAUACCUUGCUUAUACAACUUUAUACUCCUACAGAGAUUCUAGUACUGUGAUGGGUGCUUAGUGAAUACUUGACUGUUAAGUCCAAAUAAAUGAUUGUGAUUGAUUAGA